AUGGUUGCCCCAGGAAAUAAACCAGAACCAGAAUCAGCAUACUUUGACACACUUGCCUUCUCUGGAACUCCAAAGAAUUGUGUAGCAACCAUACAUUAUAAAUGCGCUGAAGCCAAUGAACACGCCGAUGGACGUAUAGGCAAGCACACGACGCUUCCACCUUGUCAGCCAAGCAUUGAUCAAGGUCCUCUCUGGACUCGGAGAACUUUGGAGAUGACACCGAUGAAGGCAAACAAGUUCACGAGGGCGGCGAGAAGAGAGAGGACGAACCGAAUCAACCAGUUGUGGCAGUUGAGAGAUGAGGCUGUGGAGGUUGAUGUAAGGAUCACUCCUUGGAACACAAAAUAUAAGUUCACAAGCUGGAUGGCUUUUGUUUCCGGGUUUCGAACUCUCCCUUCUUGCUUCUUGUUCGUUUCAUCUAGUUUGUCUAUCUCUUUCUGGAUUGGAUCCUCGGGAACAUUAUGCACUGGAGAUUGA